ACCCUAUGGUAGUUGCUUGUCACUGUGAGGGAAGAGGCUGGAAAUUCUGGGCUGAUUCCAAUCUCAAGGGGAAGUUUUGGGGGCGGUCUAUUCAGCUCGAUCCUGUUGGUGUCCUCACCCUGCAGUUUGAGGAUGGAGAGACCUUUCAGUGGAGCAAGGUCACCACUUCCAUAUACAACAUUAUACUUGGUAAACUUUAUUGUGAUCACUACGGAACCAUGCGUAUCAAGGGCAGUGGAAAAUAUUCUUGCAAGCUCAGGUUCAAGGAGCAGUCCAUCAUAGACCGAAAUCCCCAUCAGGUAGAUCCAUACGGGUGCUGUCAGGUUUUUAAUACUUCAGCAUGAAGAAGAUUUAUUUCAUGAACGUAGCAUGUUUUCAGUAACCAGUGCUGGAUAUUGCCAGCACCUGAGUUCUUCGAGAAACUAGAGGCUUCAUCCCUUUAGAGUUUUUUUCAUGUUAUUAUUUUCCUAGUUGGUUCCAAAAUAACUUGUUUAUAUCUGAUGCACAAUUUACCUUGUGAUGCUUUCACACAAUCAUGCCAUGGAGUAUAUAUAUGCUUAGCGUUCUUAU